AGUCAAUGUUGUGAACUAAUGUUGAUAAAAUUAUGAUAAUGAAUUAUGUCUCCGUGUCUUUUAUUUUAUAUUUGGAAUGAUGAAUGGAUGAGACCCGAAAUCGAAAACGAUAUCGGCUCCUUCAAUAAAUAAAUGACAAUUAUAGAAUCUCACUAAUUGCAUUCGAUUCGUUGAUUUGAGAGGCGCCAUUUGCCAUUGAAGGGUAUUGAGUUGAAGUACCAGCAUCUCAUAAUAAUCGAAUCAUGAACGGACGUAGUCUGAGUGCCUUAUUUGUGCUUGUUAUUUUGGUUGGAUUCGUUUAUAUGGAAGAUGUACCAAUUGCUGCCGACCUAAAAAAUACACCCUGUGCUCCUGGAGACUACUUCCAAAUCGACUGUAAUACUUGCUACUGUAAUAUGGAGAGAACUGGAUACCUUUGCACAGUGAACUCCUGUCCAGAACUGGACCCAGUACCUUCCUCAUCAGCCUCGCCUACAGUAUCUAAAAAAUCUAUACUCUUAGCAACUAAUCACAAUGCGAACGAUAAUAACUUGAGUAGUUUCCCGACAAGUUUGGAUCAUCGUUCUCACAAUCAAGAAAAAAAUAUGUCCCACGUAUCUACCGAAUCAUCAGAAGUGAAAAACACGGAAAGAGUUCAACCUUCGUCUAACUUUGAAGUACCAGCAUCUCAUAAUAAUCGAAUCAUGAACGGACGUAGUUUGAGUGCCUUAUUUGUGCUUGUUAUUUUGAUUGGUUUCGUUUAUACGGAAGACUCGUUCUCUUGCACCCCUGGUCAAAAAUUUGCAAAGGAUUGUAACUUAUGCACCUGCACUCCAGAUGGAAAAAACGCUGUUUGUUCUUCAGAUCCUUGUGAUUCCGAAUCGGAAUCGAAAGAAGAAUCUAGAAUGAUGGUUGGAUUGAUGUGGUAAUUUUUGUGCAGUUAUUCGCCGCGCAUAUCCACUAAUAAUCGUUUUAAUUUUUAUUCUCAGUAUGAUAUCGUUGAUUUGUAUGCAUUUGCACUAAUAGUUGAAAUUUAGAAUUAUCAAUUUGAACUAUCAGUACAUAUUUGAAUAACCAUUCUCAGGAAAUAUAUUUGUGAAUGAUA